AUGGCUGCCUCCCAUGGCCAGGUCUCACAGUCGAACGAAUCUCAGGCCUAUUUGGUCUACCUGAGUCUAGCUCGGAAUGCCUUCAUUGGCACAAGCAAGACGUCUGACAACAUAUAUACUCCACGAUCGGUGCUCCUGAAAUACUUCACGGAUGACUAUAGCUCGCUCGACAGGUUACUGAAAGCAGUCUUGAAAGAGGAACAAGAUACCCUUCCAGCAAGCGAAACAAUUCUGCAACAUUACCUAGCUACAUUCACAAUAUUGCUUAGCUUGGGGAAGGGACGCUAUCUCAACCGUUUUAUCGAACGCGGUUACAACGACGAGCGCCUUCCAUACUUCGAAUGUCCUCGCUUCUUUCCAGACUCUGCAUCCUUUUUUGGCGCGUUUGUCGACGCCCAAUGGAGGUACUGUCCGGUUCGUUUCCCCAAGGAUCCAGUAAAUUUACAGAUAGAGCCCGAGCAGAUCCUCCCUGUGAAGCGCUUGGAUCAGAUCAGCAACGAUGGAACUGCUGUGAUACAUCGUGUCGAAAUACAUGCAGACUACGACCCGUUCAACAACGCUAAUGUCGCGUCGCAAUUGAGCACGAGCAAGGUGAGUUUCAAAGUUCGAGAGAUUGGUUUGUCUAACGGGGACAAGCCUUCGUCACAUCGAUACCUUUUCAAGGAGUUUAGAGGGACAUCAUCCAAAGCCUCUUACGACGAGGAAUUGUCAGUAUUUCUGCAUCUGCAAAAGCACAGCCAGCUCCUCGGUAGGACAGUCGUUGGUUUUUAUGGCAGCUUCGUGCACAAAGAUACAUUCAUCAUGAUUCUUGAGGAUGCAGAUCUUGGCACUUUGGAGGACUUCUUUAAUAAUACAGGACCUCCCGGAAAUGGAGAGGAUGUGACCAGGCUAUGGGAAGACUUACUUGGGCUGCACGAAGCACUUCACGUUAUUCACAACAUCAGCGGCCCAUAUCCACCUAACGUGAAAUCACAAUCGCUGUUGGGGGGGUGGCAUCAAAACGUCAAUCCAUUGAGUAUUGCCGCCACUACUGGGAAAGGCAAUGGUUUCAGGAUUCUCGACCUUGGCGCAAACGUCGCCGGUUCGUCGUAUAAAAACUACGCUGCUCCAGAGCUUGUGCGAGUCACAUCGAUCGAGCAUCUUAACAUGCAGAUGACCGAUGUAUGGUCAUUGGGAUGUGUUUACAGUGAAUUCGCUGUGUGGUCAACCCUAGGGGUCCAAGGCCUGAAAGAAUAUCGAGCAGCGCGUGAAGCUGAAUGCCAGUCGGUCAGUAUGCAAAACAUGGCUGCGUUUCACGAUGGGCGGGACGUUCUACAAUGCGUAAGAACAUAUCAUGACGAAGCAGUCGCCAAUCGGAGCAGUGAUGACAAGGUCACUGAUCCUAUCGUACAACAGCUUAUUGAGGAAAUGCUUUGCGAGGACAGUGAUGCGCGACCAAGUACUCGCCAACUGAAGAUGAAAAUCAACAAGAUUCUAGCUCGCGCUCGUGAACAGCAUGCUGCUGUCCCUCGACGCAACGACUCUGCUGCAAGCAGUGGCAGCGGCUACUCCAGUCUAGGCCUUUCUCCGCGAGGUCAUCUUUCCUACAGCCCAUCUGUGAAAAGUGGUGGCAGUGCUGACUCGAUUCCUACACGUUCAAUUCCAGAUCGUUCCCGUGGGACGAGCACCUCCAGGUCGACAGUGCGCCAAGGAGAAUCGCUGGCAUCGUCACAAAUGGUCGGAGGGGACAAGGAAACAUCGUUCGAUUAUCCACACUCUCGGCCUUUCAGCCCAAUAUCUGCUCUGGGACAGUUUCGUCCACCACCAGUAUAUCGAACUCUCUCAGCCAACGGGAGCAUACAAGAACUCGACAGUGGUGAUGUCAAUGUGUACGCGCCUCCACGAGUCGUUAGUCAAGGGUUUCAGUUCAGUUCAGCUCUACUACGUGGUGAGGACAAGGAGGUUGCGGUCACGAGAGAGCGUCCGUCGGCACAACCGAACCAUCCACUGCCGACUCCGAUGACCACUCUUAUAAGGGAGACGCCGACAGUAUAUACACCUAUCGAGAUCAGACCUGACAACGAUCCACGCAUGUCAGCCAUAACACAGAAACAGCACACCUUGAGCGCUGCAGUCAACCUCGACCCAAAUCUCAGAAGGACACUACCAUCACCAAACAGCGAAGCAGCAGAUAACCCUUCGCGAAAAAGUGCCGAUCUUCGCUGUUUCCCAUCUUCACCUUCAGGUCACCAGAUUCCCAGCUCAUCAGAAGUAUCGACUUCGGCGCAGCGAAUCCCCAGUGGCUCCUCAGUACAAAUCUACAAGCCCUACCUGUCACUCAUCGACGGUCUCAAAUGGCUAGAUCAGAGAAAGGGCGCUGCCAGCUCCGCGACACUGCGCGAUGAGGGCUAUCUGAACAAUCUAGCCCAUCGCGACUGCAUCUUCCUAGUCGACGAUUCAGCUUCUAUGCGUGCACAUCGCGAGAUGACAAGUCGAGCCAUAAGAUUUCUCUCGUGGCUGCUGAAGAAGUACGAUCAAAACGGUAUGGAUCUGUACUUUAUGCAGAGCCGUGAAAGGACACACGCCCGACCAGACCACAGUAGCGACUUGCAGAGACCUUUACUAAAACAGCUCGACGUGUGCAAAGGUAUCGGUGAUCCCGUACCGCGCUUGACAGAAAUCGUGCAGGAUUACAGAGAUCGGAAUACUGCUUCUACUGGCGCAACACCAGUGAGGAGUAGUCGUAGUGGCUCUUUUGCAAAUAUCGGCAGCUCAAACAGAACACCGACAGGCUUCAAAAAGAUCACAAUUUAUGUAAUCACUGACGGAAACUGGCAGGCAGGCACCGAGGUCAAGCUCGAAAAGAACCUCCAUGUCCUUGGCACAACGCUACGUUCACAAGGAGCACCGGAAAAAGCUGUAGGUAUACAAUUCAUCUAUACCGAGCGACGAAAAGAAGUCAUAUCGCGAUUGAGAGCUAGCAAAGCAAAAGACUACUCGAACAGAAUAUCGCUUGACGACGAGUACCUGGAGGGUAAUGUGUUUAGACUCCUCCUUGGAUCGAUUUCAGAUAUCUGGGUUGGAGAUGAUGAUGACGAAGAAGAAGUUCCAGUGCCGCAACAAGUACGGAGCGCGCAGGACGUUGCGAAUGCUAGGAGGAGUGUUUCGGAGGCACGGGGGAGGGAUAGUACUAUUAUGAGAGGAGCUACAAGCAUGAUUAGCUGUACCUAUGGGGCUUUUGGUGUAUAA